GGGCCGGCGCCGUGAGGGACGGGCCGCCAUGCUGCGGGAGCUGCGGCGGCGCUGGGGCUCCUAUAAGUACCGCUUCGUGCCCUGGCUCGCCCUCAACCUCCGCCGCCAGCGCAGGACCCUUCGAUAUGUUCCUGAAAGCUCUCAAGACAAAAUUAUUGCUGAUGAAGACGUCUUUGAAACUCUACUGAAAACAUUUAAAGCUCUGUUCAUAAAUGACUUCAGCAGACAAGCAGAUAUUCUGGCCUUACUUCCAGAAGUCAAGUGUCAAUAUCUGGAAUUACUUACUGUGGAGCAGAAGCGGUCAAAAGUAAAUUCCUGUAACCAUCAGGGUCAGCACGUGUUUACUCCUGAGGAAGUUUUGUUUAACACACUUGGGUUCAGUGUUAGCAGGGACCAGAGUUCCCUGGUGUCUGCUGGAACUGGAGUCUUUGUUACCAAAGGCUUUGUACCGAAGGGGACGGUUGUGUCUAUGUAUCCUGGUACAGUAUACAGAAAGCAUGAGCCCAUCUUUUUCCAGUCCCUUGGCAAUCCCUUUAUUUUUAGGUGCAUUGAUGGUGUCCUUAUUGAUGGGAACGAUAAAGGACUCUCAAGAUCAGUGUUCAGGUCUUGCAGCAGAAGAGAUCAGCUUGGCCCUUUUCAAAUGAGUGAUGAGAGCUGGCUCACAGCUACCCCACAAAACCCACUGGCAGUGGGACAGUAUGUCAACAACUGCUCGCAUGAAAAAGCAGCAAACGUGUGUUAUCAAGAGUUUGAUGUGCCAAGACAUUUUCCAGUAGAACUGAAACAGUAUCUCCCAAACAUCGUCUACAGCCAUGACGUAGAAAGCCACUUGAGAUGUGUAGUCCUUGUCACUCUCAGAGACAUCAAGCAAGGAGAGGAACUUUUUUCGAAUUACUACACUGUUGUCAGUUGAAUGAAUAGAUUCAAAACUGAAGAAGUCUGUGUCAAUAAAAUAUGUAUG